AUGUCACAUUUUCUGGUGGAUGAUACAUCAGGAGACCGACCAGUUAGAGACACGGACUCAGUACCUCUAAUGAUGCCAGCCUGGAAAGGUAAAAAUAUAAAAACUCAACCAUCCUUGAGCAAGAUGAGCAGGGAUGAAUUGGAAGACAGUUUCCUUCGACUCCGUGAAGAGCACAUGCUGGUGAAGACAUUUUCUUGGAAGCAACAGGAUGAGAUCAAAAGGUAUCUCAAGACGACCUUGCUUCGGUUGAGCGCUGUGGGUCGGGACCUGCGGGCCCAGGCGGCGGCGGAGCAGCUCCCGGAGCCGGCAGGGCGGCAGGGGAACGUGGAGUGGCAGCAGCGCCCUGCGAUGCACCGCUGUCUCCCGAUGCCCAACCAGCUGCAGCAGCAGAUCCUGCGCUCCUGCAGGUCUUCCAGGCCCGCCCAACCUCGUGCCCACGUGGAGCGCAGACAGUGCCACACCGCCAAAACCCCGGUGCCUGAGAAACCCAGGAGAGGGCCAAAAGACAGACUGAGCUACACAGCCCCUCCUACAUUCAAGGGGGAUCUGACAAAUGAAAAAACUGUAGCUGAAAUAUCCAGUGAACCCAGCAAACUGUAAGUUCUUUCGUUUAUCCUGUUACAAUUUCUUUCAACAAAGCCAUAAUUACAACUAAACUCACGCCUAUGCAUACCUAGCGGAGCCCACAGUAUGACCAGCAAUACAAUGCAAGUAGAAGAACCAUCGAUGUCUCCUGAGAAAAUGUGGUCCAAAGAUGAAGAUUUUGAACAGAGAAGUUCAUCAGAGUGUGCUCAGAAGGCCACAGAGCUUCGAGCUUCCAUCAGGGAGAAUAUAGAGCUGAUUCGACUUAAGAAGCUCUUACAUGAAAGGAACGCCUCACUGGUAGUGACAAAAACACAAUUAACAGAAGUUCAAGAGGCAUAUGAAACCCUGCUCCAGAAGAAUCAGGGAAUCCUGGGUGUAGCUCAUGAUGCCCUCCUCGGCCAGGUGAAUGAGCUCAGGGCAGAGCUGAAGGAGGAGAGCAAAAAGGCUGUGAGCUUGAAGACCCAACUGGAAGAUGUAGCUAUCCUGCAAGUGUCUCUGAAGGAGUUUCAGGAGAGAGUUGAAGAUUUGGAAAAAGAACGAAAAUUGCUGAAUGACAAUUAUGAGAAACUCUUAGAAAACAUGCUGAACAGCAGUACUGCGCCUCACUGGGACAAUGAGCUUGUAGGAGAGCAGCUACAGGAGAAAGUCUCUCAGUUGCAGGAUCACCUGAAUGCUGAGCUGGAGGAGAAGAGAAAUAUCUUACUUCAGCUGAGCAAAGAGAAAGCUGAAAACCAGGAUCUGAAGCUUGAAGUUACCGACUUGCUUCUGAAGCAUCAACAGGAAGUAGAGAUUCUACAAAAGAAAAACACAAUUUCCCAAUCUUCAGAAGAGCAGUCAGAACCACUCACGCACUCAGCUCAAUUCCAAGAAACUGCUCAGAUAGAGCCCUAUGAAUCAAGAAACCAAGAAGAGCAGAAACUUUCCCAAAUGUUAAGUGAAUUGCAAGCAUCACAUGCAGAGACCACAUUGGAACUGGAUAAGACCAGAGACAUGCUUCUUCUGCAGCGCCAAAUCAACGAGUGUUAUCAGGAGGAACUGGAGGCAUUGAUGAGAAAAGCUGAUAAUGAAAAUAAAGAUAGCAAAGAGAAACUGGAGAGGUUAAAUCAACUCCUAGACCUCAAGACCAAUCGUAUCAAGCAGCUGGAAGAUAUUUUAAGAAGCCAUGGCCUUCCAACAUCUGAACAGCUGAAAGAUAUGGCUUAUGGCACUCGACAGUUGCCAUUAUGUCUGGAAACACUACCAGCCAAUAGAGAUGAGGAUAAAGUGGACAUUUCUCUGCUGCAUCAAGGUGAAACUCUUUUUGAACUGCACCUCCAUCAGGCCUUCCUGACAUCUGCUGCACUGGCUCAGGCUGGAGAUAUCCAACCUACCACUUUUUGUACUUAUUCCUUCUAUGAUUUUGAGACUCACUGUACUCCACUGGCUGUGGGGUCACAGCCUCUGUAUGACUUCACCUCUCAGUAUGUGGUGGAGACAGACUCCCUUUUCUUGCGCUACCUUCAAGGGGCUUCAGUCUGGAUAGAUCUUCACCAGGCUAUAGCCAGUGAGCACCACACCCUUGCAGCUGGAUGGAUUUGCUUUGAUAGGGUACUGAACACUGUGGAGAGAGUCCAUGGCACUACCACACUUACUGGAGCUGGUGGAGAAGACUUUGGAGCGCUAGAGUAUUGGAUGAAGCUUCACUUCCCCGUAAGAGCCAGACUACAGGCAUGCAGUAAGCAAAAGAAAGCUCAGGCCUACCUGUCAGCUAAUGUGCCUGAAGCCUGGGAGACCCAGGAGGAGAUGGAGUCCAGAUCACAGGCUUGGAAACAUCAGAAUGAGCUGUGGGUGGAGAUCAUCAGGUGCUGCGACCUCCGGAGUCGUCGGCUGGGAACCCAACCCAGUCCCUAUGCCAUGUACCGCUUCUUCACUUUUGCUGACCAUGACACUGCCAUCAUUCCAGCCAGUAACAAUCCCUAUUUUAGAGACCAGGCGCGAUUCCCUGUGCUUGUGACCUCUGAGCUGAAUCAGUAUCUGAAGCAGGAAGCCCUACUUGUGUAUGUUUUUGAUGAUGAAGACUCAGAGCCUGGCUCAUACCUUGGCCAAGUGCAAGUGCCCUUGCUACCUCUUGCACAAAACAAAUCCAUUGAAGGUGAUUUUAACCUUACUGACCCUGUGGGGAAACCCAAUGGAUCUAUUGAGAUGAAAGUGAAUUGGAAGUCUCAAUACCUGCCCCCAGAGAACUUCCUAAAACCAGAAGAUCAUACUGAGGAGAAUGACAUCAAGGACAGUUUAGAGACCUUAUCUGAAGAAGAAAUGGCUUCCUUUUCUCCCCAGGACAACACGGCAUCUGUUGAGAUUCCCAUUGAAGCUGGCCAAUAUCAAGUAAAAAGAAAACCUUUUCAUAUGGGAGAAAGAAAGGAAAAGCACCGCCAGAUUGAGACCUACUCAAGAAGAAAACAUGGCAAAAGAGCAGGGAUCCAAGGAAAGAACAGAAUGGAGUAUCUUAGUCGAACUGUCUUUGGUGGAAAUUUACUACAGCAGAUGAACUACACUGAGUGGAAAUUCUCAGGGCUUAAAGUCUCCACAGAUGAUGAUGUGAAAACCAAUCAGCCUAUGGAAGAGGCUGUGACAUCAGCCUGCUCAGCAUUAAACCAGAAGGAAGAACUGCAUCCGGUUAAUUGUAGAGAAUCCAGUGAAGAAGCUUCUGAAGUCAGUGAAACACAAACUACAGAUAGUGAUGAUGUCAUAGUGAUACCAUUAUCUCAAAAAUAUCUUAAGGCAGCUUCAGAGAAGAUGUGCAUUGAAAUUGUCUCCCUGGCCUUCUACCCAGAGGCUGAAGUGAUGUCUGAUGAAAACGUAAAACAAGUGUAUGUUGAGUACAGAUUCUACGAUCUGCCCUUGGCAGAGACAGAGACUCCAAUAUCCCUGAGGAAGCCGAGAGCAGGCGAAGAGAUUUACUUCCACUUUAGCAAGGUGAUAGACCUGGACCCGAUGAAGCAAAAAGGUCGAAGGCAAUUUCUUUACACCAUGUUGAAUGGACAAGAUCCUGAGCAAGGACAUUUAAAGUUUACAGUGGUGAGUGAUCCUAUGGAUGACGAAGAGAAUGAAUGUCAAGAAGUGGGAUAUGCAUAUCUUGACCUGUGGCAGAUCCUGGAAUCAGGAAGAGACAUUGUACAGCAAGAGUUAGACAUUGUUAGCCCAGAAGACCAGGCCACCCUAAUAGGAAUGCUGAAGGUUUCCCUUCAAGCUGCUGCUGCCCUCCAUGCUAUUUACAACGAGAUGACUGAAGAUGAAGAUUUGUUUCUAUGA